AUGAUGGCUGAGGAAAUGUCAAGAGAAAUAAAAUUUUGGUCGAAAUCAAUUCACUUAGCAUUUAACAGCGCAAAAGUACCGUUCCAGGAAAAGGAAUACUAUGACAACGACUGCUGUAAACGUGGAGUGAAUUUCGCCAACUGGUUGAUCAAGUACGAUGAUCCAACAAGAUUGUCGGAUAAAGAUUGCAAGUACUUGUUGACAAGUGGUGAAUUUUACGAAAGCUAUCGUUAUUUUGAUGAGUACAGAGACGAAGUAAAAGAGAUGCUUACUUGUAAUUUGACAAUCCUCACCGAAGUUGCUCGAAAAGAGUUUCAAUUAUUUCGGUGA